AUUCAUUCUUGUGUUUUGCGCAGAUUUUCCAUCAUUCUUGCUUAGUUUUCAAAUAAAAUUCUUUGACAAAUCGUUCCUUACGAGUCGGCCGAAGGUCUUCUUGCAGCUCGCAUCAGUCAACCAUGGGUGUCCCAGCCGGAGAUGUUGAGAAGGGAAAGAAGAUUUUCGUCCAAAGGUGCGCACAAUGCCACACCGUUGAGGCUGGUGGCAAGCACAAGACUGGACCCAACCUGCACGGUCUGAUCGGCAGAAAAACCGGACAGGCUGCUGGAUUUUCCUACACGGACGCCAACAAAGCCAAGGGUAUCACAUGGAACCCCGACACCCUCUUUGAGUACUUGGAGAACCCUAAAAAGUACAUCCCUGGCACCAAGAUGGUGUUUGCUGGUCUCAAGAAGCCCCAGGAGAGGGGAGACUUGAUCGCCUACCUUGUCGCCUCCACCAAGUAGAGCGCCAAAGUUAUUAGUUCUCAACAGCAGACUUUCGAAAAUAAAAUAAUAAAUGUUUUAACCAAAAAAAUGGCGAUUCCAAAAACGUAGUUCAUUAUGUUAUUGGUUAUACAGAGUGGAGCUGUUAAAAUUUAUUGAUGGAUCAAGAGUUGUUAAUAAUAAUAAGUUACAAAGCGUUAA